GGGGACUGGCAAUUGGUAGGAAGAUGAGUGCCAAGGACGAGGACGGCCCGAUCCAGGAGGCGCCUGCGCUCCCGCUGCCCGCCAUGCACUCGCUCGAGGCCCUCGUCGCCGCUCUGGACGUACAUGGCAUGAUGCUCUCGCCGGCGCAGCGGGCUGCGCGAACCAAGUGCGUCGUCGACCAUGAUGGCGAGUUCGUCAAGGAGCUCGUCCGCGUCGCCGACCAGUGCAAGGACAUGGACGACGACGAGAGCCUCGAGAUGCUCUUUCACAUCGUCAAGCUACUGAUCGAGCUCUGCGACGCCCCGAUCUUGCAGCUGCUGCUUUCGGACGCGUACUUCCUCGACAUUGUGGGCAUCCUCGAACACAACCCGAACGUGCUUUCCAAGCUCCCGUUUCGCGCCGACCUCGAAGGCCACAUGAGCUUCCAGCAGGUGAUCCCGAUCCAAGAGGAGGCGGUGCUUGCCGCCAUCCACAUGAACUUCCGCAUGGACGCGAUCAAGGACAACAUCCUCUCGCGAACGCUCGCGGACGGCUGUGCGAUGUGGAUGGAAUGCCUCAUGAACGAGAACAACAUUUGCAUCCUCACGUACAUCAGCAACCACCCCGAGUACAUCUCGGCGCUUUGGGCGCUCGUGGCCGACCCGGUGACGCAAGCGACUGCGAUCCGGUUGCUCCAGCACCUCAUGCGGCUCAUCCAAAUCACGCAGCCGCCAGCGCGCAACGCCGGCCUCGCGCAUCGCCUGCCGCAAAUGUUCAAGGCCGACACGACAGGCGUCAACCCCGUGUUUGGCUCGCUCCACCACGCGCUCUUUGCCACGUCGCCGACUGGCCAAGGCCUGCUCCAGAGCUUUGCCCGCGUGCUCGGCGUCCCGGACGCCGCGUCGCUUGAGACGCGCACGAUCGUGCUUGAGCUUGUGCACAGCCUCGUGGUCUUUCAGGGCGGCGACAUUGUCCGGUCGUACAUGGCCGACGAGCGCAACGCGCGCGACGUCGGGCUCUCGGCGGCGACGUGCUACCUGCAGUGGGAAGCUGGCGACUCGCUCCUCUUUGGCUUGCUCUUGACACUGUACGCACACGAGGCCCAUCGCGGCCAAGUGCUCGACAUUCUCAAGCUGCUCUUCAACGUCAUUCCGGGCAAGGACGACAAGUUCCUCGGUAUGGUGUACACGGGCUACAUUCCGUGGCUCUUCCAUCUGCUGACGUUGCCCGAGAACUCGCCGUCGAGUCUCUACGGCCUGCACGCGACGGUCGUCGAAGUGCUCACGCUCUGCAUUGCCAACCACGGGUAUCGUGUCAAGUACGUCUUUGCGCGGCAGCCCGUCGCGAGCUUCCUCUCGACGAUGCUCACCUCGUCCGACAAGUUUGCGCAGAUCAAGGCCGCCAAGUGUCUGAAGGCCUGCGUGGGCAUGAACGAAGCGUUCUACUCCAAGUUUGUGCUCUCUGGCACGCUCCUCGAAGACGUCUUCCUCUUGCUCCGCCACGCGGAGAAGACCAAGGCUGGCAAAGUCCAUUGCAACGCAGUUGUGUCGGCGCUCCUCGACAUCCUUGGCACGGCCGAGGCCAAGCACUGCGUCUCGAUCCUCGAACACGUGCACGCGACGUACGCGAAGGAGUUUACGCCGCUGUUUCCGGGCCUCUUUCUCGCGAUCCAGCGGCAAGUGUCGCACGAAGACGACGGCAGCAGCACGGAAGAGAUGGCCGCGGUGUCGGUCGCCUCCACCACGGGCGGCCGCACGAUGAUGCUGACCGACGAAGACGAAGCGUACUGGGAAAAGGAGGACGACGACAGCAGCAGCAACAAUAACAAUGCUGGCAUCGUGGGUCCGAUGCCGGCGCUCGACGAGUCGUAUGAGCCGGGGUCGCCCGACAAGCCCGAGGACGGGCCGCCGCCGCUCGUGCCACUCGCCGACCGCGAAGCCUCUGGGUUUGUGGUCGCGGCGUCGCCUCAGCGCAAGAGCAAGCCGAUGGCGAUGUUUGCCAAAUUGCCGUGGAAACGGAAGAACAGCGACGACGGCGACGCGACGAGCUUUGAUUAUAAAAAGCAAAAGGCAGAAUUGCUAGGCUAAAAAAAAGACACAACGGUAGGGAGUAGGUCAGAGUACACUCGCGUACGCAAUCAUAUAUUAUACCACGAUACCGCCGUCUCAUUUCACGUCGGUCAG